CUGCACUACGGGACCCUCCUGGGCAGCAGAGCUUGUGCCCACAUGGCAGCAGCUGCCUGGACCAGUUGCUUUCUUUAUUCACUGCUGCACACAGCCAAUACAUUUUCCCUGCCCCUGUGCCAUGGCAAUGCCCUGGGCCAGUUCUUCUGUGAAAUCCCCCAGAUCCUCAAGCUCUCCUGCUCCAAAUCCUACCUCAGGGAGCUUGGGCUUCUGGCUGUUAGUGUCUGUGUAGCCUCAAGCUGUUUUGUGUUCAUUGUUUUCUCCUAUGUGCAGAUCUUCAGGGCUGUGCUGAGGAUGCCCUCUGUGCAGGGACGGCACAAAGCCUUUUCCACCUGCCUUCCUCACCUGGCUGUGGUCUCCCUGUUUCUCAGCACUACCUUUUUUGCCUACCUGAAGCCCCCCUCCAUCUCCUUCCCAUCCCUUGAUCUAGCCCUGUCAGUUCUGUACUCAGUGGUGACUCCAGUGUUCUCCAAGGAGAAGUGGUCUCUUGUGGGGGUCCGCCGCAUGAAGGCCCUCUUUGAUGAUUGCACCGUAGAUGUGGGAUUGCUGCUGGUGCAGUGGAAAAAGUGUGAGGAUCUUUGGUGGGAGUCUGGUUCUUGUACCCCUCGGAGUUCCCAGUGGAGCCCUUCUGUCUCAGACAUGGGCAAGGGGGAGUUUGAGUUUCUGUGUGAUGUGGAGCUCUCUCCCCACCCUGGGACAGUGUGCUAG